CCGAGCCUUUAUUUUGAAAGUGCAAAUGCGGAAAGGGUGUUGCGCUGCUGUUGUGUUGUUGCAGUACGGGUGAAGUCUGCAGUGAGAAAAAUCGUCACAAAUCUCUAAGGACUCUUAUCUGCGACUUGUGUGUGAGUGUGUAUGUAUUUGUGUGUGUGUGUGCUCGUGUGUCUGAGACUUCCGUGCGUGGUUGUUUGAGUGCACCAUCCUGCUGUCUACAAUGUCUUCGGAGCUGCUGGUGGAUUUGAGUGAAGACCCUGCAACGGCCCAGCUAGGCCACUUGAAGCUGGCCACGUUAGAAGACCAACAGUGGCCGGCGGAUGAGUCAUCCCUCAGCAAGUCUGAGACGGACCUCUCUCAGCGCUUUGAUGCUGGUUCCCCUCACCUGCCCUGGUCCCAUCCCUUCUAUGACAUUGCCCGGCAUCAGAUCAUCGAGGUGGCAGGCGAUGAUAACUUUGGCAGAAAAGUGAUCGUGUUUAACGCCUGCAGGAUGCCCCCCCAACAUCAACUGGACCAUCACAGGCUUCUAAUGUACCUGAAAGGAACUUUGGACCAGUAUGUUGAAAGUGACUACACGCUGAUCUAUUUCCAUCAUGGACUGACCAGCGAAAACAAGCCGUCACUCAGCUGGCUGCGAGACGCUUACAGGGAAUUUGAUAGGAAGUAUAAGAAGAAUAUAAAGGCUUUAUACAUCGUCCAUCCCACCAUGUUCAUCAAGACGCUGUUGAUCCUCUUCAAACCUAUCAUUAGCUUCAAGUUUGGGAGGAAAAUCAACUAUGUGAGCUAUCUGAGUGAGCUGGACGACGUGGUCAAGUGUGAGCAGCUAAUCAUUCCAGUCCGUGUCAAAGAGUACGACAACAAGUUGAGAGCAUCCCUAAAGCCAACCGCUCAGCUUCCCGUGUCUCCUCCUCGCAGCCCCCCUCUCCCAAACCAGGUGUUCGGGGUCUCCCUUGAAUUGCUAAGAAAGAGGAGUCCAGACGGGGAUCCUGUUCCUGUGGUGAUGAAAGACACCAUAAGUUUUCUAUCGGAGCAAGGUUUGGAGAUUGAGGGCAUCUUUCGACGUUCAGCCAAUGUGACUUUGGUGAAGGAGGUCCAGCUCAAAUAUAAUUCAGGUGUGGCAGUGAACUUCAGAGAGAUGGAAGAUGUCCACUUGGCCGCCGUGAUCCUGAAGACAUUCCUGAGAGAACUUCCUGAGCCACUGCUGACCUACCAGCUUUACAACGACAUCGUCAACUUCACCUCCGUGUCCCCCGAGAGUCAGGUGACGGUCAUGAAGACGCUGGUGGAGUCUCUGCCAGAAGAGAACUAUGCUUCACUACGAUACCUGAUCACAUUUUUGGCACAGGUGUCGGCUAACAGUGAGGUGAAUAAGAUGACCAACAGCAACCUGGCUGUAGUGUUUGGGCCUAAUCUCCUCUGGGGGCGGGACAACGGCAUGUCCCUCAGCGCCAUAGGACCAAUCAACAACUUUACCCGAAGCCUCUUGGACCAGCAGCACUUGGUCUUUACUUAACGGUGAGGCCUGAUAUAUGAGCGGGUAAGCCAUCCAAUAGCUACACAGUCUCCUUAAAUGCACAUGAAAUAUCCCCUUGAUUCUACCUUUUGUGAUUGGACAGUUCGCAGCGUGGUUAGAAUAUAUAUCCCCGAGACCCUCUUGAGAGUACAAAUGCUGAAAAUAUACUCGAUAUUUCCGUAUAAAAUCCCAGCAGUCUGCCUGAAGAAAUUCCAGCCAUAACUGCAGCAUGUGUCCAGUUGUUAAGUGGAACAUUGAGUACUUAGUGACUUUUCUGUGUUUUGCUGUCGUUUGGUCGCUGCUGUUUCCAUAUCGUGCAACAACAAAAAAAAAAAGAAAAAGCCCUUUCUACUUUAAUAAGUGAAGAUUUAUGUGAAAAGCCUCAGGUUCAUUUAAGAAUAAUGACGCCAAAUGUGGACAAUCUUUAGAAAUGCUGUAUUUAAACAGACUAAAGAGGAUAACAGUGGAACUUGUCUAAGUGGGCUCCGUUUUAUCCAACUGCCAUAAUCUCAAACAUGCAUGAUCGCCCAUUCAAAAAAAUAAUAAUAAUAAAAAUUGGUAUUUUCGUAUAAUGUUGAUGUGACUCAGCCAAUCCGAGGCACGUCAAGUUAAACGGAUUCCACUGUGGGUGUAUCUCUGUAAUGAUCACUAAGCAUCUGUGCUUUCGGGACGCUAAUGUAACAUAUCAUGAUGCAUGCAUGUGUCUUCCUUACCAAAUAAGUCUUUAAAGUCGGGUUGUGUGAUUGACGUGUGUGACGUUUUGUAUCUGUACUUGCCUUUUUUUUUUGGUUCUUCACAGUGUGCCAUUAACGGGGGAACGCUAGUCCAAUUGUAGUGGUGUCCUCUGGCCUCUGGAUAAAAGCCUUUACUCAACCCCCCACCCCAAAAAAAACAAAAAAAAACAGGGGACACUUCUCAAAUGGUAUCAAAAGCUUGUAUCACUAUCACAAUGGGACUCGGACAAAAAGCUUCAGCUUGCAGAAUUAACGCAUGGUACAGCUAGGUCUUAGUUCAAACACAUGCUAUACUGAGGGCUAGCUUGGGUAUUUUGGGGGGUGCGGGGGGUUUGUGAGCGGAGGAGAGAAGUGCCAUUGUUGAAAUUCCAAACUUGCUGACUAAUCUGGUCUCUGUAUGAUCUAAUGAUCUUUGUACUGUAAUUUGUUGUCCUGGUGACAGUGAAGUAUGUUUUCUCUUUCCGAGAAAUUUUUGGUCGGCUGAUUUUUCUUGACACUUAGUGGUCUUAUUUUCUCAAUUUGCUUUUUUCAUCCUUUUGGUAUUAUAUAUAGAUAUAUAGAUAUAUAUAUAUAUGAGUGUGUGUGUGUGUGUAUGAAGAUAAAAUGAUGUAAUAUUGUGGAUAAAUAAUAAAGAAUCAGAAAUAUGUGGACUUUUUAUGUUUUUUCAAGUGGUGACACAAAGUAUACACAGUUAGCGUAGAAGACGAGGAAGACACUUUUUUUUUUAUGUGGAGACCAGUUGAAAAAUUGCAUGAAUUUACAUUAUGCACUGUUGGAUCUCAAGGUCUUAACAAUACUAGUGUUUACCUCUUUUUGGUCAGGAUUUUUCUUGUGUGACGCUAACAAGGUGACAAUCUGGCAUAUCUGCUGAUGUGAUAUCCAAGGCUGUCCUGCUAGUCUCUGCUGAUAUGAGCUUACAGGAUUUUUGCAUGACCUUUGACUCACUUACACAGUUGCUAGUUAUUAUUGAAUUAUUUCUUUUAGGCUACUUACUUGAUAGAAUAAUAACUAUUUAGCCAAGUAACCUAUUUGGGCUUUUCCCUUCAGCAAAUCAAUCUCCUCCAUCCAACCCCGUCUCUCUCACACCAACUACCUUCAUGUCCUCCUUCACUACGUCCAUAAACCUCCUCCUACCUGGCAGCAUCCUUCUACCAAAAUAUUCACUAUCUCUCCUCUGGACAUCCCAACCAUCUCAGUCUGGCCUCUCUGACUUUAUCUCUAACAUGUAAUGUCACUCUAAUGUACUCCUUCCUGAUCCUAUCCAUCCUGGUCACUCCCAAUGAGAAUCUCAGGAUCCUCGUCUCUGCAACCUCCAGUUCUGCUUCCUGUCUUUUCCUCAGUGGCACUGUCUGACUGUAGACCAAACAACAUGGCUGGUCUCACCACAGUUUUGUAUACCUUUCAUUUUAGCGGAAACUAAUCAUCACGCCUGACACUUUUUUCCACAAAAAUAUCAACAAAAAAAGAAUGAUAAUUGUGAAAAAUAAACAUAGAACACAACAGAAAAAAAGCAAUCUAAUGGUGCCAGUAUCGAUUCCAUACAACACACACACACAACCCAGCACCCUGGUUAUUGGGCUGCUGACCAAUGACAGUCUACUAUGAUACAGUAAACCUCGGAUAUAUCGGAUUCAAUUGUUCCCACUGGUUUUGUCCGAUAUAAGCGAAAUCCGUUAUAUGCGUAUACCGGAAAAUGUCCGUUUUACGCAUAUAUCGGAUUUAUAUAAUAAUAAUAAUAAUACAUUUUAUUUAAAAGCGCCUUUCAGGACACCCAAGGUCGCUGUACAGAAGAUAAGAACACCAAUAUAAAAUACAAGAUAAAAGACAACAAACAAUAAAUAAAAGCAUACAAGAAAUCGGGAUAGGGGGGACCAUGUGAAACUGUUAGAGGGAAUAGGCAAGUUUGAACAGAUGGGUUUUGAGUUGAGAUUUGAAAAUGGGAAGGGUGGCAGAGUUACGGAGGUCAGGAGGCAAUGAGUUCCAGAGUUGGGGAGCAGAGCGGCUGAAAGCUCUGCUCCCCAUAGUGCUAAGGCGUGCAGAGGGAACAGUGAGAUGGAUGGAGGAGGAAGAUCUGAGGGAACGGGAUGGCUUAAGAGUGUGGAUGAGGUCAGAGAGGUAAGGGGGGGCAAGGUUGUGGAUGGACUUGAAGGUGUACAGGAGGAUUUUGUAGGUGAUUCUUUGUGUCACGGGGAGCCAGUGGAGUUGCUGCAGGAUGGGGGUGAUGUGGUGGAAUGAGGGGGUCCUGGUGAUGAUCCGGGCAGCAGAGUUCUGAACCAGUUGAAGUUUAUGGAGGGAUUUGUGAGGGAGGCCGAAGAGGAGAGCGUUACAAUAGUCAAUGCGGGAAGUGACAAGGCUAUGGACGAGGAUGGCGGUGGUGUGGGGGGUGAGGGAGGGGCGUAGACGAUUAAUGGAGCGCAGAUGAAAGUAAGCAGACCUGGUGACGUUAUUGAUGUGAGAUUGAAAAGAUAGAGUGCUGUCGAGGAUGACACCCAGACUCUUGACCUGAGGGGAGGGGGAGACUAAGGAGCUGUCAAUGGAGAGAGAAAAGGAGUCAACUUUAGAUAGGGUGGAUUUGGUGCCAAUGAGUAGGAAUUCAGUUUUAUUGCUAUUAAGUUUCAGAAAGUUGGAGGUGAACCAUGAUUUUAUUUCAGAGAGACAGGAGGUGAGGGAGGGGGGUGGGAGUGUAGAGUUGGGUUUGGAAGAGAGGUAGAGCUGGGUGUCAUCCGCGAAGCAGUGAAAAUGAAUGUUAAAUUUACGGAAGAUAUGGCCGAGGGGGAGAAGGUAGGUUAUGAAAAGAAGGGGCCCCAGGACAGAGCCCUGGGGCACACCUGUGGUGACUGGGGAGGGGUCGGAGGAGAAAGAUUUAAGCUGAAUGAACUGAGUGCGGUCUGUGAGAUAAGAAUGGAACCAGUGGAGGGGGGUGUGGGUGAUGCCAAUUUCUGAGAGUCUACUGAGGAGGAUGGAGUGUGAGAUGGUGUCAAAGGCCGCACUCAGGUCAAGGAGGAUGAGAAUGGAAAGUGAACCGGUGUCAGCUGCAGUGAGGAGAUCGUUGGUGAUUUUAAUGAGUGCAGUUUCGGUGCUGUGACGGGGACGGAAGCCGGACUGGAAGGGUUCAUAAAGAUUGUUAAGGGUGAGAUGUGCAUGAAGUUGAGAGGAGACUAUUUUUUCAAGAAUUUUGGAAAUGAAAGGCAGGUUGGAGAUAGGGCGGAGGUUAUUGAAGUUGUUGGGAUCUGAACCAGGUUUUUUCAGGAUUGGGGUGACGGCAGCGGUUUUGAAGGCUGGGGGGACAGUACCGGUAGACAGUGAAGAGUGGAUAAUGGCAGAGAUGAGAGGAAGCAGAGAGGAGAGGCAGGAUUUGACCAGGAUUGUGGGGAUGGGGUCCAACUGGCAUGUGGAGGGCUUUGAUUUGUGGAUGAUGUCAGAUAUUUCAGAGGCAGUGGGGAGUUGAAAAGAGGAAAAAGGCUGACUGUACAGAAAGGGUUCAGGUGUGGGGAGAGGAGGCGGUUGUGAACAGAGGUGCUGGUGAAUGAAGUUAAUUUUGUCAUUGAAGAAUACCAUCAGUGAGUUACAGGUGUCAGUUGAGUAAAAGUGGGGGGGUAAAGAGUGGGGAGGCUGGAGGAUCUUGUUGAGUAAUGAGAAAAGUGUUUUUGUGUUUCCUUUGUUGGAUGUGAUGAGUCCAGAGUAAAAA